CCCCGAAUCCACAGCUUCCUUCGGCUGCCGGGGUGUCCGGUGUCCUGUGCCCGGUCUGUCUCCCUGUGCCCGCGCUGCCGCUGCAUUUGCCGCUGCCGCCACCGCUGCCGCCGCUGCAUACCGCGGGAGACGCCUGCGAACUGCUGAUUGGAGCCCAGGUCGAGCCUGAGCCCCCAGCUCUGCCCAGGAGCCCAGGCUGCCCCGUGGCCCCAGCACCGGCUGCAGGAGAGGAGCCAUGAGCUGCGUCCCGAACGGCCUCGCCCCCCUGGGGCUGGUGCUGCUGCUCUGCGGAGCCCAAGGCUUCUUCCUGCCCAACGUCACGCACUUGGAGAAGCUGCUCAGCAAGUACCGGCAGGACGGGCCGCAUGCGCGGGCCCGCAGGGCCAUCCCCCGGUCGGACCAGGAGGAGAUCCUCAUGCUGCACAACAAGCUGCGGGGCCAGGUGCACCCCCCGGCCUCCAACAUGGAGCACAUGACCUGGGACGAAGACCUGGCGAGGUCGGCAGCGGCGUGGGCCCACGAGUGCAUCUGGGAGCACGGGCCCACCAGCCUGCUGGUGUCCAUCGGGCAGAACCUGGCCGUGCACUGGGGCAGGUACCGCUCUCCCGGGUUCCAUGUGCAGUCCUGGUACGACGAGGUGAAGGACUACACCUACCCCUACCCCCACGAGUGCAACCCUUGGUGUCCAGAGAGGUGCUCAGGGGCCAUGUGCACCCACUACACACAGAUAGUGUGGGCCACCACCAACAGGGUCGGCUGCGCUGUGCACACCUGCUCGAGGAUGAACGUCUGGGGAGACAUGUGGGAGAAUGCCGUCUACCUCGUCUGCAACUACUCUCCAAAGGGAAACUGGAUUGGAGAGGCCCCGUACAAAACUGGCCGGCCCUGCUCCGAGUGCCCGCCCAGCUACGGAGGCGGCUGCAAGAACAACUUGUGUUACCGAGAAGGAACUUACGUCCCCAAACCUGAAACAGACGAGAUGAACGAGGUGGAGACGGCUCUCGUGACCGAAGGGAAACACGACUGGGUUCAGCCGAGGGUGAUCAGACCCAAGAAAACGUCCGCCGUGAGCUACAUGACCCAAGUGGUCAGGUGUGACACCAAGAUGAAGGACAAGUGCAAAGGAUCCACGUGCAACAGGUACCAGUGCCCAGCAGGCUGCCUGAGCAACAAGGCCAAGGUCUUCGGAACUCUCUUUUAUGAAAGUGCGUCCAGCAUAUGCCGGGCUGCCAUCCACUACGGGAUCCUGGACAACAAAGGAGGCCUGGUGGACAUCACCAGGAACGGGCGGGUCCCCUUUUUCGUCAAGUCUGAGAGGAAUGGCAUGGAGUCUCUGAGCAAAUACAAAGCGUCCAGCUCGUUCACGGUGUCAAAAGUAAAAGUGCAAGACGUGGACUGCUACACCACCGUCGCUCAGCUCUGCCCAUAUGAGAAACCAGGGACCCACUGCCCACGAGUUCGUUGUCCGGCGUACUGCAAAGACGAGCCAUCCUACUGGGCUCCUGUGUUUGGCACCAACAUCUAUGCAGACACUUCGAGCAUCUGUAAGACGGCCGUGCACGCGGGAGCCAUCAGGAACGACAGCGGGGGCUACGUGGACGUGAUGCCCGUCGAUAAGAAGAAGACGUACGUGGGCUCGCUCAGGAACGGGGUCCAGUCUGAAAGCUUGGAGGCGGCUCGGGACGGAAAGGCCUUCCGGAUCUUUGCUGUCAGGCCGUGAACGUGCAGCGCCGGGGCGAAGGGGGUCUUCCAGAGGGCGUCUGGGUUUUGCUUUUUGUUUUUAUUUUAUCAUUUGGGGGUGGGCUGGGGACAUGGAGUGGCAGGAAGCUUCCUUUGAGUGAGUGGUGUUCGGUGUCACAUCCUUGGUGCCUUGAUUUCAUCUCUGGGCCGUGGAGACACAGCAUCCUCUGGGGCCUGGCCGGACAGCUGGCGACUGGUGCUGCCGAGGCCUGGCGGCCUCCAUCCGCUGCCCGCUCUGCUCAGACAGUCGCUCAAGAGGCUCCUCCUCAUGUAGUCUCCUGGGGAGAGAGGAUUCCAAACGCGUGGAGAGAGCACCGUUCUCGGGGAUCCCGGGGUGCAGCCUCCAGGGGUGCAGGAAGAGGCAGACUGAGCCCACGCAAGGGGAGUUUCAGGAAUGGGGUAGAAGGUAGUUAUUAAAAAAAAAAAAAAAAAAAAAAAAAAAAAAAAAAAAAAGAUUUAAAACACAGUCCGUUCAUAUCAAUGGAGAAAAAUGAGUUUAGUGUUUGCUGGUCAGACAAAUGGGCCGGAACAGGGGGCUGGGGAAGCGAGACUCAGGCUCUGCCUUGGCAACUGUCCCGGCUGGCGUCCUGCCACGCGCAGGCGGAUUCUAUAUACAGCAGUGCUGGUUUAUUUAGAGUUCAAUAGUAACUCCAGAGGUUUAUCUUGUCUUUGUCCUUCCCUUCGCCCAUGUGGCCGUCCGCUGUCCUGACGUUUGGUCUCGUUGAGGACUAAUGAACCAGGAUCCUUUCUUUACCCCCUCCCCAUUGUGGCUCACACACCGGCCCAGACUAGUUUAGGUGUCAUAGUUCACAACGGGGUAUUUGCUUUGCAAGGGAUUCUGUUUGAAGCCCACUUUUUUUUUUUUUUAAACUCCUCAUCUCUGUUGGUUUCACCGAGAUAGCUAAGAACAGCCGAAGAAGAGGUGUUUGGUUGCUGCUUUUAAAAAAUGACAAUUAAACGUGCAGAUUCGCCGUCUGUCUGGUGACCUACUUUUUAGCAGUGGGAGGAAUGGAUUCCUUGGUACCUUCUUCGCCGAGGUUAGCAGCGCUGGGAAGAGGAACAGCCUGUGGUUAUGAAAUGGUCCUGCGGCCUCAUAACCACAAGAGAGAGUAACACUCGAGAAGGAUUCCUCUUCCUGUUUUUGUGGAGCAGCUCUUGCCAAAUGUUCCUGAGACUCCGAGGAGUGUGGUGCUCUCUGGCUUCCUUCACUUUACAAACGUUCUUCAUGAGCCCAGACCGAAACCCACAGGGAAAUAAAAUACCCCUUUUUAAACAGUGUUUCUUUGCAGAAGGUAAAAUUCCACCCUCCAGCAUCAGGCUGGCCAAUAGAUCACUUUGGUGGACACCAGUUUCAAAUUUGAUUUCACUCCCCAUCAAAAUAUUUCACAGGCAAAGGAAUCACCAGAAAACACACA